AUGUCGAAAGAGAAUUUGAUGUUGACGUUAAUAAUUCCUGGGAAGAAACAACCCGGAAAUGAUAUUGAUGUUUACUUGCAACCACUCAUAGAAGAUUUAUUGAUUAUCCCGCUUAUGGUAACUUGGCUGGAUGUUUUACAAAGGGCAGGUUUGCUUGUGUGGCAUGUGGUGCUAACACGCGAUCUGAGGUUGCCAUUUAGUAAGAAGCAUGUAUAUACCGGCAAUAGAAGAUUUCUUCCACCUUCUCAUGAGUUUCGCAAGAAGGGUAAAUGGUUUGAUGGGAAUGAUGAUAUUGGGCAAAAACCAAGGGUAUUGACAGGUGAAGAAGUUUUAUAUGCUUUCGAAGCAGCUGGAAGGGAUUGGGGAAAAAAGUCAACUACACAAAAAGGCACAAAAAGGAAGAUGAGUGUAAAGAAAGGUGUACAGACAACAGGAAGUGAUCCUAUUAACAUAUGGAAAAAGAAAUCAAUUUUCUUUGAUUUGCCGUAUUGGAAGAAAUUAUGUUUGAGGCAUAAUUUGGACAUCAUGCACAUAGAGAAAAAUGUUUGUGAAAGUAUUGUUGGCACAUUGCUACAUAUUAAAGGUAAAUCAAAGGAUGGACUUAAUUGUCGUAAAGAUUUAAAGGAAUUGGGUAUUUGGCAUGAUUUAUGCAUAACUGAAGAGAAAGGAAAAAAGAUGAAACUACCUCCAGCACUUUACAACUUCUCUAAAGCAGAGAAACAUAUUUUCUGUAAGAGGUUGUUCGAUAUGAAGGUACCGGAUGGUUAUAGCUCAAAUAUUAGUAAUUGUGUGGAUCUAAGUGACUGCAAUCUAAUUGGACUCAAGUCCCAUGAUUGUCAUGUCCUAAUGCAACAAUUGUUGCCAGUAGCAAUAAGAGGUCUUUUGCCUAAAGGUCCAAGACAUGCAAUCUUUCGGUUGUGUGUAUUUUUCCACGAACUCUAUCAAGGAGUUAUUGACAAAAGUAAGCUGGAAGUAUUGGAGAAUGAGGUUGCAGAAACAAUAUGCAUGCUUGAGAAGUAUUUUCCACCUUCUUUCUUUGAUAUUAUGAUUCACCUUACAAUCCAUUUAGUGAGGGAAGCUAGGCUAUUUGGACCUGUUCAUUAUCGUUGGAUGUAUCCUUUUGAAAGAUUUAUGAAGGUGUUAAAGGAUUAUGUUAGAAAUCGAGCACGACCAGAGGGGUCUAUGGUAGAGUGUGUCUUAGCUGACGAGUGUGUGAAAUUUUGUACUGGUGUGACAAUGACCAUGUCUUCAGAAAUGUACCAAAUUGCUCAUCGUUACAUAUUGUUUAAUAGCUCAGAAGCUGAGCCAUAUCGAGAGUGAGUUAUGCACCCUUUUAGAAGCUUAUGU